UCCCAUAAAGUUAUCCAAAAUAAGCCUACUUUACAAUGUGUGCCUCGAGCCAGAAAUCCGCUUCUUCCUCAACGUCCUCAAAACAGUACAUUUCGACUCCCUCAACCUCCUCAAAGACAAAGUCCACCUCAUCUUCCUCUUCUCGAAAGGUCCAGCACGGAUCACGUACCUCUCACCACUCUUCAUCUUCGUCCGCAAUUUCAUCAUCCGCUUCUCCAUCUCGAUCAUCUCACAAGGAUCCAGCAAACCAGAAAUUUGAGGGUGAAGCAAUCAACCGAUAUGAGAACGAACCUAGGGAUUACAAGUCUUGGACCGUGGAGGAAUAUGAUGCAUACCAGGAGCAAGCGAAAGAUGAACAUUGGGAUUACGUGAAGAGGAAUGUGGAAGGUGUUGAAUGGGCGAGUUGAGGCGAUCUUGAUUCGAGAGGAAGAGACAGCGGAGUCUAUGGGUUAUGCAGCGGUUGCAUGAUGUGAUAUGGAAAUGAGCACCAAACAGUGCCAAUGGGACUAAAGAUGUGUUAUGUGAUGACGGGCUUACGAUUACGAUUUUCCUACUAUAUCUAGGGAUGGGGAUCAUGCUAUUCAACAUGGGACUUGGAGGAGCGGGGUAAGAAAGAGACAAAGACAUGUAUAGAGUGUACUAUAUACAUACAAGACCAGCUUAUAGGCUGAUCAGGAUAGAAGUAUGAAGUAGAGAUGGCUCGAGGCCUUGGGCAUGCAUGACACCC